UGUCACUAAUUUUAGCGUACGUCUUAAGUAUACUUUCUUGGUUUAGGUGUCUUUGUUGAUUGAUAAUAAUAAUUUUUUUUUUCUUCCUCCUCCUCCUCCUGGAAUCGUUUAAAUUUUAUCAAACAAGCUUUGGUGUUAUUUUAGACGAAACUUCAUUCUUCAUCCAUCAUCCAUCAUCAAGCCAUACUUACAUCAAUCAAUCAAUCCAUCCCGUCAGUCACUCUUUUCUUCAUUCACUACUUAGCUACCGUGUUCUCAUAAACCUUAUCAUUCACGUCCAGUCACCAAAUAUAUCCUCUCCUCCCACAUCACUCAUACUACUACAUAUAUAUAAUGGAAGAAGUAGCUCCUCCUAUAAUAGAUCCAAAUCAAAGGAAAUCUCCCCUUGACUUACAAGCUUGUAAAAAAUGUAAUCAAUUGAUUUAUGAAGGUCACGCUUAUGAAUUAGGUGAUGAUAGAUGGCAUAUUGAUUGUUUUAUUUGUUCAAAAUGUUCAAGUUCAUUAGGAUGUAAUUCAAAUUUCUUAGUAUUAGGAAAUGGGAAUUUAAUAUGUUCAAAUUGUUCUUAUAAUUGUAAACAAUGUGGUAAAAAAAUUGAUGAUUUAGCUAUCUUAACGGGUGAUCAAGCUUAUUGUUCAAAUUGUUUUAAAUGUAGAUCUUGUAAACAAAAUAUUGAAGAUUUAAGAUAUGCUAGAACUUCAAAAGGAUUAUUUUGUAUGGAUUGUCAUGAAAAAUUAAUGUUAAAAAAGAAGAAAUAUGAUGCAAAGAAGAAAUUAAUAGCUCAAAAAGAACAAGAAUCAAAAGAAAAGCAUGAAGAGGAACUUCAACGUCAAAAAGAUCUUGAACUUGAUAAACAAAAACAAGAAGAAAUUGUAAAAUCAAAUGAAUUAGACGAAUCAAGAAAUAGUAAUAAUUCAUCAAGAAAUUCAUUAUUACAAUCAUAUCUUACAACUCCAUCAUCAAAUAAUACCUUAAAUAAUAAUACCAAUCUUACUGAUUCUUUAUUAUUACCUUCAGCUCAUUUAAAUACUUCAACCACAAGUUUAAUUAAAGAUAAAUCAUUACCAAUUCCUCCAUCAGAUCGUCCUCGUUUAGAAUCUCAUGAUUCUUAUAGUUCUGCUCGGUCAGAUUUAGAUAAUGAUCAUAAAGAAUCAACUCAUCCAAAUCCUCAUGAUAAUGAUUUCUCCAUCGAAGAAGUAGUUAAUGAUAGUGAUGAUGAAGAUUUCCGGACUGAAAGACCAUCUUUAAGAACUCCAAAAGCUUCAGUACCAAUCCCAUCUUUACGUAGACCUCAAUCUCCAAAAAUUAAUGAAUCUCAACAUCAUGAUCCAAAUCCAACUAAUAUUUAUCUUGAUUUAAUUGAUGGCCCUGAAACUCCAAAAUCUUCAUCUGAUGUACAUGAUGCAUUAGAUAUCACUCCAAAACAAGAAUCUUUACCACUUCCAACUACAAAUGGUGGCAGUACUACUACUAAUAAAAAUGUAUUAAUACUAUCUCCUAAUCAAUUCAAUAAUAAUGAAUUCCAUUCUGCUAAUUUAAAAUCACCAGUUCAAUCAUCAUCAUCUUCACAAUUAACUAUCCAUACUAAUGGAUCAAAUUCAAAUCAUACAGUAAAGAGUCAAAACCUAUCAAUUGGGGAGGAACCUAAAUCUCGUUCUAAUUGUCCAUCACCUUUCGCAAAGGCUAAUCGUCAAGCAAGAGUAGUGGAGACUAAUGAUGAAGUUCAACCUGGUAUUGAUGACAUUACCGAUGAUAAUGAUAAUGAUGGAGAUGAUGAUGACCAUGAAGUUAAUAACAAUGAGAAGAAAACUAGAGGUAUGGGAGAUGGGUUUGAUAAUGAUUAUAAUAAUGAAAGUGAUAAAACUUCGGUAAUGAAUACACCAAAUAUUAUUUCAACCCCUCUGAAAAGAGUUCCAAAUUCGUCUCAUUCAAGUCUUAUGUCUUCCCCACCUCCAAAAUUACCAUUACCAAGUACUCCUAUCAAAAAGAGAUUUAAAUAUGAUGAAAUUGAAACAACUCCAAAGGGUCUUGGUUUGGAAGGAGUUGAUUAUGAGAAUAAUAUCGCUAACGAACAACGUACUUAUCUUAAACAAUUACAAGAUAAACAACAACAACAACAACAACAAGAUCAAGGAUCAAAACAUCCUCCUCCUCAACAACAGAUUCAUGAUGAUUAUAUCGUUAAUAAUAAAACUCCACUUCAACCUUCAUCAUCAACUACAUCUUCAAAGAGUCAGAAAACAAUUGGUAGUGCCACUCCUGCUGUUACUAAUCUCGAAGAAACGGUGUCAAAUGAUGAUGAAACCAGCUUACAACAAUCAUCAUCAUUAUCAUCAUCUAUAUCAAGAAUGGGAAGUAUUAGAACUCCAAAAUUAUCAAGUUUGAAACAUAAACGUUCGACAUCUGGUGGUGGUGGUGGUCAUAGUGCUAGUAAUAGUAUCAGUAAAUUCUUUAAAUCAUCUACUUCAACUGGUUCAAAAGAAGAUUUAAAAGGUCAUUCUCGCCAUGUUUCUGAUGGAUCAAUUUCGAAUGCUUCAGCUUUUACUACUCCUCCAUUACCAUCUCCCCGUGCUAAUAAUUAUGUUAAUGGAGGUUAUUCUACUAAUUUCCAUAUUAGAUCAACUUCAGAUACACCAUUUUUAACUAGUCUUGAGCAUCAUGAAGAACGUCAAUCUCAACCUUAUCUGCAUCAACGUCAUGGAUCUAGUGGGCUUGCUAAUAAUGGAAGUAGUGAAUUUAAUUAUUAUGAUAAUUUUGAAGUUAAGAGUUUAAAAUUUGAAAUUGGACAAUUAAAUAAUCAAAAAUCAAGUUUAGAAAAUGACAUUAAAAAGCUAGUUACUGAUAAAUUAAAAUUAAAUGAUCAAUUAAAAUUAUUACAAUCAAAAGUUAUAACUGAAACUCAAGGUUAUGAAGCUUUAAUUCAAAAGAUUCGUGAUUUAGAAAUAGAAAAAUCUUAUUUAGUAGAUGCUAAUGAGAAAUUAAAAUAUCAAAAUCAUCAACAUAUGGAUAGAAGAAAUGGCCCUACUAGUAGUGCUAAUACUACUAUCUCCAGUAGAAAUAUGAAUAAUGAUGAUGAUUUUAAUUCAACUUCAAGUACAUUACUUAAUAAUUCUUAUAAUGAUAGUAAUGGUGAAGAAAUUGAAACUCAAAAGGCUACAAGAUUGAAAUUUUGGAGACGUCCAAAAAUUGGAUUUACUAAUACUGCCAAUAAUAAUAGUCCUAAUUUAGUAUUAACGAAUUCAUCUCAUCAACCAUUAUCAAUCUCACCUCCACAGCCUGUCUCGUCACAAUCUCAACAACCAAUUCCUCAACAACAAGGUCAAACUCCAAAUUUAUCGCAUCAAUCAAAUAAUAAUGGAACCAAGAUUAGUCAAAGUUAUUCCUCUCAAGCUAUAAGAAUCCCAAGUGGUAAUGGUACAAAUAAUGGAUAUCAAGAUGAUGUACCUGAAAGAAAAGGAGGGAAAUUUGCUAAAUCAAGAUCCACUAAUAUCAUUGAUUCAUUCUUAUCAAAUAAUAAUCUUCAUGCCAAUAGUAGUAAUGAAAGUUCAUCAGCAGGUAGUGUGAAUACGAAUGGUGGAACUGGUUCUAGUGCCAAUGGCUUAUUUAAUUCAACCAUUCAAAAGAGAGCCGAUUAUGAACAAGUUCAAGUCCCAUUGAUUGUAACUAAAUGUCUUGCUGAAGUUGAAUUACGAGGGUUAGAUAUGGAAGGAAUUUAUCGUAUUUCAGGAGCUAAUUCAGCUAUUACUGCUAUUGAAAAUGCGUUUUCAAGUUUAACCGUUCAUUCUAUUCAAGAUGAAAAACAAAUGACUAAAUUAGAAGAUACUAUGAGUGGAGAUAUUCAUGCUGUUACAUCUGCUCUUAAACGUUAUUUCCGGAAAUUACCUGAUCCAUUGAUUCCUUAUGCAUUAUAUGAAGAAUUUAUAAAAGUAUCAUCGGUGAAUUCAAUUGCUAAUUCUGAUAAACGAAUUCUUGAUUUAAAACUGAAUGUGAUUGAUAAAUUACCUAUGGCAAAUAAACAUACUUUACAUUUAUUAUGUAAACAUUUAAAAUUGGUUAAUUCAUAUUCAUCAGUUAAUAGAAUGGGAUUCAAGAAUUUAUCAGUUAUAUUUGCCCCAACCAUUGCUCGUGAUGAAACUGGACAGAGAGAAAUGAUUGAUAUGGGUCAUAGAAGUGAAACUACUGAAGUUUUAUUAAGUAAUUCCGAACAAGUUUUUGAUAAAUAUUUUUCAUAAUUGGGGUUAGUUUCCAAUUUUUUUUAUAUAGGUUUUCAUUACGUUGUAUUUAAUUCAAUUCUUUUUUAUAAGUUUAUUAUAAUAUAUUUUUAUUUACAUAUCGGAU